CACUCGCUCUCUCUUUCACUGUUGAUUUGUAAUUGUUCGACUGAACCCACAAGUGGUUGCCAACACAGACAGAGAGAGAGAGACGGGGGGGCAAAGACUGGCCACGGCGAAAGAAAGGGGGGCGACCCGUUCUUAAAAGGAAUAUACAUCUUUUUUUCUCACCAUGACACCUGGACCAUAAGGACGACAUCAUCAUCAUCAAUCAUUAUCAUCACAUCAUCCAUCCAUUCAUCCAACCAUUAACCUGGACCGGACUAAAUAGAUUACCUCCUCACCCCCCCCCCCCCCCCACCCCCCCUCUCUCUCUUUCCCUGCCCUCUUCCUUUGGCUCGUCAGCACGACGGAUGAUAAGCAUACGAGACGAGGCAUGUCAAGUGAGAAAUGGAGGCGAGGCGGAGGAAAAGGAGGUCGAGGUGGUUCGAUAACGACAGCAGUAUCAGGUGCUGGAAUAUCCAAAAGGGGUAGUGGUGGAUCAAGCAAACGUGGUGGUACUGCUGCUGCUGGGAAUGCCAAAGCCGAUGCUAGUGCAAGUGGACAGGCACAUGGUGACCGAGGUUUACUUUUCUCGUACUCGAAGGUAUAUAGCCCAAAAAAGAGCGCGAAGAUGGAAGAACAUGUGGGAACCACUUCAAGUAUGACUGUUGAUGCCAAGCCUGAUAUCAUUCCAAGACAACAACAACAGCAACAGCAACGACCGCUACCACGACAACAUCAGCAAGCUCUACCAGUCCCCUCUACACCUUUACCAACCAACAUUUAUGGUUUGGAACAGCAGCAGCAGGAACAACAACAACAACACCAUACAUCUCCUCAGGAAUCACAUCGUCAUCAGCCGUCGUCUCUUCUUUUCCAGGGUGGUCCAGGGCCAACGGGAGGAGUAGAAACUGGGUCCAUGAACAUGUCGUCCUCGUCAUCAGCCUUCUCACCACCUUGGUACGGUAACCCAUCUCACAACUUGCUUCCAUUUCAACCGCACCCACCUCCAACGCAGUAUCCUUCUCCUCAUCUUGCCAGUCAGUUCCCGUACCCACCACACACUUUCCGCCCUCCACUAUCUCCACCUCAGGAAUUCCUACAGGCGACCCAAGAAUCUUCUGUAAAGGGCUUUCCGCUUCAAGUUGGACCAGCCUUCCCAUUCAAUCACGCUGCUGCGACUGGAGCCCCAGCGACCUCAACCGUACCUGGAGAGUUCUCGACGACGUCAGGACCAACAAGCGCAGGGCUUGGACCAGCUGGUGUAGAUGUAUCCAACUCGUUCAAGCCAAAUCCCCCAGGUGAAUCUGACACUGGCUCUCGGCUCCCUGGUCGUCAACGAUCAGCCAACCCUCUUCCUCUACCUCCACCACACGUAUCUCGGCCUGAGGGUGAUCCUCACUCACCUCGCCUUCAACCUUUUCUAUCGUCCCAACAGCCUCAUUCGCCUCAUUCUGUAAGACAUCAGCUGUCUCAUCCCACACGACCAGAAUCCAGAUCACCUCCAUCUCAAUUCAUCCCGCCACAGCUUCAAUCGCAUCCUCCUCACUUCCCUCCACCUCAUCCGUCGCAUCCAGGAUCAGCCCAUUCCCCGUUCGCUUUUCAUCAUCCCAUGGACCGCUCGCAUGAACCAUCCGGGGCUGGAUCAGUGGUCAAACAUCCAUCAGCACAUCAGGCCUGGACAGGGGCCGGAUCCACCGCCUCGGAUACCACCAUGGUCUCGUUUCCGUAUGCCAAUGCUUAUGUGCCACAUCUUGCCAAUACAUGGGAUGGGGCACUGGACCUGGUUCUUCUCAGUCGCCAAUGUUCACUCCGGGUGGAUCUCUCUCCUCGCCUAUCAGUAGCAUCCCUUCUGCGGGACUCGUUCCUGGGUCAGGUUGGAACAAUGCCAUGCCUGUCGUGCCGGGAGUCAUACCCACCACGCGAGUGUCUUCGACCAUGGACGACGAUUCGACAUCGAUAACGGGCUCAGGAUCAGACCUCGCCCCGGAGAUAAAUCCGGCAUUUGCAGUCGCCGGCCCCAGUAACGUGCCAGGAUUCUCUGACGCAGGUGACAGGAC